GACCCUGACUCGCCGCGCCAGCGCCGAGCGUGUGGCUUGCGCGGAGGCCCCGGACCGCGCCGAGCGAAGCAAGAAGGCCUCCUUCGUGCCAUGGCCCAUGCCAGCGGCUCGAGGCGCAGCAUCCAGCGGCUCACAGAGCUCAUCAUCCGCCUCGUGGGUGUCGCGCUGGACGCCGCCGCUCCAGCGCGAGCGUCGAUCGUCGGCACAGCACAGCUCUCAGGCAGCAGCGUCGCCAGUGGGCCAGCGUGCACGGCGCACCAGAGAGGCGGCGCCAGGAAGAGGGCGGACCGUUGAGCUUCGGCUCUUGCUAGCAUGGCUCGGCCGCCUGCUCAGCAAGCGCGUCGUGCAAGUGGCAGCGAUGCUGCGCUGCGCUGCAUCUGGCGUGGCCCGACAAGGCCGCUGCCCCACGGCGGGCCAAGCGGACGUGCAUGCGGGCGAGCGAGGCCUGAUGGCCGGCGUGCAGCGUGUGGGGGAGGGAGCAGGUGCGGGAGCAGCACCAGCACCACGCCCGAGCCCGCCACGGCAGCGUCGCACCGCCGUCUGUCACCUCUGCGCCGCCACGGCGGGCUGCUUGCGUCUGCACGCGCGAGUGUGUGAGUGCCGCCAGUGUGCAGUCAGAGUGCACGCCAGGCAGGCAGCAGGCAAAGAGGGAGACGGGAGCCGUGGUGCUGGACGAGGCGCGCGCUGCACGUCGGCCAGGACCGGACCGAGGCGUGUCUGGCGCUGAGGCAACGGAGCAGAGGGCCGAGCACGGCGGCGCGGCGGAGUCGCGAGAGCUGCAGCGUCAGCACGAGGCGGCCGAAGGUGCGCUUCGCCUGCUGCUGCCCUC